CAGGACUUUUCAGGCAGUACACGAGAAGCCCUUCAGAACAUGCUGUGUGAGAUGAAGCUUGCCACAAAAGAGUGCCUGAACACAAGCGUUAUGAGUCUGUUAGACAACCUGAGGCGGUACCCUCAGGACAAACUCUCUGUGUGGCGCUGUAUGCAGAACCUUGGCAAACACCACGCCCAUCUCAUUCUUCCACUGGUUCCUGAGCUCCUCUGUCUACACCCGUACUUUGACACACCCGAACCUGAUAUGGAGGACCCUGCCUACAUCAGCAUCCUGUUAUUGGUGUUUAACUCGGCGGUAAACACACCAACCAUGAUGCCAAUGUUCCAAGGCCAUGUGUGGCGUCACUAUCACUACCUCAAAGAGAGUGUUCCCGAUAUGUUACCUGUCCUACAG